AUGGGAAACGGCUGCGUGUCCAAGCCUGAGUCCGAGGACAAGGGCCUCAUUGCACAGAAGAAGGCAGCCAGCCCAUCCGUAGCCAUCAUUUACUACUCCACAUAUGGUCAUGUCAAGACACUGGCUGAGCAGAUCAAGAAAGGUCUCGAAUCCACUGGUGUGAAUGUAGAUCUGUUUCAGAUCCCCGAAACGCUUUCACCAGAUGUCCUGAAGGCAAUGUCUGCUCCAGACAAGCCAAAGGACGUGAUGCAGCUGGAUCUCGAUUUCAUCAAGAAACUGCCCGAGUACGAUGGCCUGAUGUUUGGCAUGCCCACUCGUUUCGGCAUGAUGCCGGCGCAGAUGAAGGCCUGCUUUGAUGCAACUGGCCAGCUUUGGCAGUCAGGAGCGCUGGCGGGUAAGUUGGCUGCCACCUUUGUGAGCACUGGCACACAGCAGGGCGGGCAGGAGACCACGCACUUCACGGCCAUCACUUCUUUGGUGCACCAUGGUAUGGCCUACGUUCCGCUGGGAUACCAGGCCGGCGGCGAUGGCCAGUUUGACGUGUCUGAGAUCCAUGGUGGAUCACCCUGGGGCGCCUCAACCUUGGCAGGUGGCGACGGAAGCAGGCAGCCAAGCGAGCUGGAGCUGAAGAUUGCAGGCAAGCACGGCGAAGUCUUUGGCGGCGCCGUGAAGAGAUCUGUGGCGCCGGCUGCCAGUCGAGAGUUCAAGGUGGCAGUUGUAUAUUACAGCAUGUACGGGCACAUCAAGAAGCUCGCAGAUGAAAUGGCUGCUUCUAUGAAGGAAGACGGGGUGACAGUCGACCUGUUCCAGGCACCCGAGCUUCUGUCAGAGGAGGUGCUGAAGAAGAUGGGGGCCCCCGCCAAGCCUGCGGAUGCUGUUAUGGACCACGCGAAUGUUGGGAAGUUGGCAGACUACGACGGCCUGGUGUUUGGCGUCCCCACUCGCUUUGGCUCUGCAGCAGCGCAAAUGAAGGCCAUGUUCGACAGCACGGGCUCCUUGUGGCAAUCCGGUGCUUUGGCAGGGAAGCUUUGCGCCACCUUCACCAGCACUGGCACCCCCAACGGUGGACAGGAGAGCACGCACAUGACAACCCUCACCAACAUGGUGCACCACGGCAUGAUCUACGUUCCGUUGGGAUAUCAAGCAGGCGCUGAUGCAUUCGACAUGACCGAGCUGCAUGGCGGUUCGCCCUGGGGUGCGAGCACGUUCGCAGGUCCCGACGGCAGCCGCCAGCCCAGUGCCGUCGAAUUGAGGAUUGCCAAGCAGCAGGGAAAGGUCUUCGCGGCGAAGGUGAAGCAGAUGAGCAAAUAA